AUGGAAAGAAAAGCCAGAUCAAAGCCUAUGCGUCAUAUUCUAAAUCGUUUAUUAUCACAUGGUAACUUUGAGAUAGUCAUUUUUGGUGACAAGACCAUUAUUGAUGAAGAUGGAUUUCCUUUAGACAAGGCAAUUGCUUACACAAAUCUGAGAAAGCCCUUUGUGGUCAAUAAUGUACAUAUGCAGACACUUCUUUGGGAUAGAAGAGUAGUUUUGUCUAUUUUGGAUGCUAUUGGUGUUCCAACACCUCCCCGUUUAGUUGUUUCAAGAGAUGGUGGUGCAAAAGUAGAUCCUCAAGCUGCAGCUGCAUUUAAAGAAUAUACCGGCAUGGACAUGGAUCGUGUAUUGGCUCGUUAUGCCUCUAAUUCAAAAUCUGUUGAGAUUCAUGAUGAGGGCAUUCGAGUUGAUGGUCAAUACCUAUCAAAGACAUUUAUUGAGAAGCCUGUGGAUGGUGAAGAUCACAAUAUUAACAUUUAUUACUCAGAAGAAAAAGGGGGCGGCGGCAGAAGAUUGUUUCGAAAGAUUGGCAAUAAGUCAAGUGAAUUCGAUCCAGAAUUAAAAACACCUAAUUCAGAAGGCUCAUGGGUCUAUGAACAAUUGAUGCAAACAGAAAGUUUUGAAGAUAUCAAGCUAUAUACUGUUGGGCCUCAAUUUGUUCAUGCUGAAACUAGAAAAUCUCCAACUGUAGAUGGCCAUGUCAAACGUAACACAGACGGCAAAGAAAUUCGCUACUGUGCUAAACUUACUCAAGAAGAAGAGGACAUUGCCAGAAAAGUAUCCAAGGCAUUUGGUCAGACAGUUUGCGGGCUAGACAUUUUACGUGUGCAAGGAAAAUCGUACGUAAUUGAUGUUAAUGGCUGGAGUUUUGUCAAAGGAAACGAUUUCUAUUAUGAUCAAUGUGCUCGUAUUCUUAAAGAAGCAUUCUAUCGUUCUGUGCAAGAGAGACCAUUGUCAUUAGCAGAUCAAAUUCCUCCUGAAAUUUCGCCACAAAAUUCAUGGCGACUCAAGGGAUUUGUGGCAGUGUUUAGACAUGGUGAUCGUACACCAAAAGAAAAGCUCAAAAUCACAAUUAUGCAACAGCCUUUUAUCGAUUUAUUAGAAGGAUCUAAGCGCGAGGUUGUAUUUAGACAAAAACAUCAACUGGAAUCUGUCAUGAAGGCAGUAGACAUGAGUUUGGAAAUACUCCCUCAAGAUACAGAAGAACAGGAAAAGUUGAGGUCUUUAAAGGAAGUCUUGCAAAGAAAACAUGAUUUACCAGGCACAAAGAUUCAGUUGAAACCAAAGUACGACAAACAGACGCAAGAAUUGGUUAAAUUACAAGUGAUUGUCAAGUGGGGAGGAGAGUUUACACACGCUGGCCGUCAUCAAUCUAAAGAUUUGGCAGAAAACUUGCGCAAAGAUAUGUAUAUUUUAAAUACAGAAGUUUUAGAGGAUGUCAAGAUUUAUAGUAGUUCAGAAAGACGUGUUAGAGACACAGCUCAAAUAUUCGCUCGUUGGUUCUUAGGUGAUCCAGAAACAUUAGAUGGUGUAAUUUCUGAAAGCAAAUACUUGUUAGACGAUAGUAACGCUGCCAAAGAUCAAGCUGAUAUCGUUAAACGUCAAUUGAAAGGUCUUUUAAGGCCUGGAAACAAUAUUCCUGAAUGGAUGUUAGCGCAAAUGGGUUGGUCCGCCAAACUUCCUCAGCCUCAUGUUAUUCUUCAAGAAAUCUCUGCUAUCAUGAGCCGUAUGCAACAUGUUAUGCGAGAGAACUGGGCUACAAUGGAUGUGGACAACAUCCAAAGACGUUGGUGUUGUUUCGACUCACCCAUGCUUUUCAAAGAGAGGUGGGAAAAGAUGUUUCGCAGCUUUACACUCACAAGUAACGGCGAUGAAAGUGAUGAGCCCAGUACUGACAAAUAUCCUGAUCCAUCUUGGAUCAGUGUCUUGUAUGAUUCUUUAAAAUACGACUCACUUCACAACAGACAGUUCUUGCUUACAAUUUUUAAAGACGAAAGUUGUAAUUCAGACGUUCAUAAACUUUACAAAGCUGUCAAGGUCAUGUUUGAUUUUAUUGCACCUCAAGAGUAUGGUAUAUCAGAUACUGAAAAGAAGAAUAUUGGCAUGUUGAUCAGUUUCCCUUUACUAAAGAAGAUAUUGAAUGAUUUGGAUGAGAUGACAUCUAGUGAAAAGGCUCGUACUCGCCUUUAUUUUACCAAAGAAUCUCAUGUCCAUGCAUUGCUCAACCUGAUUUACCUUUCUGGUGUACCAACCAAGGUGCCUCGAAACACACUGCCCGAAUUAGAUUACCUUACUCAGAUUACAUUCGAGUUAUAUGAAAGAAACAGACAAAGUGUCCUCGAUAAAGAAUAUUCCCUUCGUAUUGGAUUUAGUUCAGGAGCACAUUAUGACAGUGUGUUAGAUUUGCGUAUGGAUGCUGAACACUGCCUGAAGGUUGCACCAAGAAGAAAUUUGAUCCCACAUUUGCUUGUGGAAGAAGUCUUGCUCUACCACAAGGGCUAUCUAAAUGUACCCAACUUGAAAAGCAUUGAAGAGCAAAUUGAAGAAAGAAAGUUCUUUUAUGCUCAAGAAGAUAAUGAUUGA